CCGCCUCUCAGCACCAUGGGGAAGCGCAAGUCGGCGAAGAAAGUGCAGAAGAAGGAAAGACCCAAGGUCAUGUCGAAGUUCGACUGUCCUUUCUGCAAUCACGAAGGCUGCAUCAGAAUUGCAAUCAUCAAAAAAGCGAAGCUAGCGACUGUCAAAUGCACAACGUGCGGUCAGGAUUGGGCGACCACCGUGACAGCUCUCACAGAACCCAUCGACGUGUUCUGUGAGUGGAUAGACGCUUGUGAGAAGAAGAACCAGGAAGCUCCUUCACAUGGGCAUGGAGGCGCUAGCAGCAGCGCUCGUCCAAGAGACGAAGACAAGGACGACGAGGACGAGGACGAGGACGAUGACUGAGCAGGGACUGUGCUGAUGAGAAAGUGUCGAUCGUUGUAUACAAGCGGGUUGAUGUGGUCAGAUCUGUGCAGUUGGCGAUCAACAGCCGUUGCUGGGUGACGGGCAAGUCAAUGAUGACGCGUCAUGUUUGUUGAGAUUUGCUGUGUGUUAUGCUUGAUGGAUGUGCUUCUUGUUAAAGUGAUUGAAUCCGCGCGAGUUGCCGCUCAUGCGCUCACUUCC